AUCGAAGCGGCGGAAGCGCGAGAUGAUGAUCGGCUAUACUGACGAUAAGCCUGACGAUAGCCCGAUGCUACACGGCAUUGAGCUUUCAGGCCCCCUUUCGCAGCCUCCUUCGAUCCGAGCUGAGGAUCGGAAGAGGGGAAGUUCCAAGCGCGUAGCUCCGGAUUGCGUGGCCAAGCACGAGCACUUGAUCCAGUCGGGUCCUCUGGGAAAAUGCGACAAUCCGCUGUGUACGACUUGUCCGGCCUAUCUUGACCCCAAUUUCCACAAGAAGGAGAAGGGCUAUGUGGGAAGUGUUGCGGUGCCUGGAUGUUUACGAAAGUUGUGGCUAGUGCUCCGCGAGAUUUGGUACCACUUGUCACGCGGAGUCAUAAAUCCUCACACCAAGUUCGUCCAACGCUGGAACAAGUUCUUUGUUCUGUCUUGUCUCUCCAGCGUUUUCCUGGAUCCACUAUUUUUUUUCCUCCUCGCGGUAAAGCAGUACCAAAAGUGCAUUUACAUCGACCAGAAAGCUUCCACUGUUUUGCUAAUCUUGAGAAGUAUCACUGACACGAUUUAUCUCAUGCACAUCCUCCUCCAGUUUCGGCUGGCGUAUGUUGCUUCAUCGGUUCUUGAAAUCGAGAGGCCAGAGAGGAGAUUUUUGUCCGGCCGCAAAGUUUCCUUUGCAACUCGGGAUCUUGUCGACAGUCCCAGGAAAAUAGCGUGGAAGUACUUGACGGGAUGGUUUUUGCUGGAUCUUUUGUCAACUUUGCCUCUUCCACAAAUUAUGAUCAAACUUGUUGUGCCGCGUUACAUGGGAGCAUCUGGUGCAAACUACUUCAAAAAUGUGCUCCGCGUCACAAUGCUACUCCAAUGCGUCCCACGCAUAAUUAGAGUGCUGCCGUUUCUUUCAGGAUAUACUUCUAUCGGUUUUAUCUUUGAGACCGCUUGGGCGAACUUCGUCAUCAAUAUUCUUCUCUAUCUCCUUUCAGGCCACGUCGUUGGCUCUUGCUGGUACCUUUUCGGGUUGCAGAGAGUGAACCAAUGUUUGCAUAACGCUUGCAGAAAUGCGACCAGUUCACGAUGCAUUGGAGACUUUCUAGACUGCGGCAAUGGAACCCUGCAAGAACGUCUCAUUGGAAAUGCCGUCAGGAGCUUGUGGGUGAACAAUGAAAACGCUACUCAGUGCUUUGACAGUCCAUCUCGCGUCUUCACAUACGGUAUAUAUCAACCUGCUGUGCUGGUGACUACACAUAAUAACAGCUUUACCAGAUAUAUUUUCUCCUUAGUUUGGGGGUUUCAGCAAAUCAGUACGUUAGCUGGAAACCAGAUUCCGAGCCUGUUCAUCUGGGAGGUCGUUUUUGUGAUGACGGUCAUUGGACUGGGCCUGCUACUGUUAACGUUGCUCAUCGGCAACAUGCAAAGCUUUCUACAGUCCCUCGGUCGCAGAUCCUUGGAAAUGCAGUUAAAACGAUACGACGUUGAGAAAUGGAUGAACCGCCGUCAUCUACCUCAAGACUUAAGAAAGCGAGUGAGACAAUUUGAGAGAUUUCACUGGGCAGCAACCACCGGUGUCGGGGAAGAGGAGCUGUUGGAGGACUUACCGGAAGAUCUGCACAGAGAUAUUCGCAGGCUGCUCUUCACAGAUCUCGUGCAAAAGGUUCCUCUUCUAAGAGCCAUGGGUGAGCACUCGCUCGACCAGAUCUUCCAGCGCUUGCGUCAAAAGCUCUACAUCGACGGCUGCGAGGUCGCGCGUCGUGGUGUUUACGUCCACCAGAUGCUCAUCAUUGUCCGAGGAACGCUGCAAAGCAAAAACGAGGACGGCUCUGACGCAAUGCUGCGAGGCGGAGAUAUCUGCGGCGAAGAGCUGCUGACGAUGUCUCUCUUCAACUCUCGCUUCUCCAAGCAAAUCCGAGCCAUCUCCACUAGAACAGUCGUGUGCCAAGGUAACGUCGAGGCCUUUUCCAUCGGGAGGCAAGCUCUGGAAGAAGUGAGCCGCGACUUCAAGUUGCUACAAGAUCCACAAGUGCAAAGAGCUAUCAGAUGUGAAUCGCACUUCCUGAGAUCAUGGGGAGCGGGGAAGAUCCAAACGCUAUGGAGAUAUAGAAAGAAGAUGCGCGCAAACAAGAGGUGGCCUAGCGCAAUAUACAAGAAGAAAUGAACGGCUGGAUCGUGAUGUUUAGUCUGA